CGCGCUGUGCGAUUGGUUCAAUGUCCGCGCGUGGUCUAUUCCGAUUGGCAGAUCAGCAUUCCGGUAGCCAUAGAGAGUGCGCCGCUCACGGAGGCCACUGUCAUUCAGCAGAGCGAGCGGCGUGGUUUACCGGUGUUUGCCUUCUGUGGGCCGAUCAACGCGUGCCGAGUUCCGCUGAAGUUUGGGUUUCUCAGCUGACUCCCACGAUGCGGCGGAACCUCUUCAUCAGCGUCUGCCUAGUGGCUCUGUUUGCGGGCCUGAGCUACGCCCAAGAGACUACCGCGGACGAUGGCACCGUGAAGCUCGACAACGACCUGGGAAGCAGCCGAGAUGGGUCUCGAACGGACGACGAGGUCGUGCAAAGGGAAGAGGAAGCGAUCAAGCUGGAUGGCCUGAACGUGGCCCAGAUGAAGGAGCUGCGGGAGAAGGCGGAGAAGCACGUGUUCCAGGCGGAGGUCAGCCGCAUGAUGAAGCUCAUCAUCAACUCCCUCUACCGCAACAAGGAGAUCUUCCUUAGGGAGCUCAUCUCCAAUGCAUCUGAUGCCCUGGACAAGAUAAGGCUACUGUCACUGACUGAUCCUGACGUCUUGAACACGAAUCCGGAGCUGACCAUUCGCAUCAAGAGCGACAAAGACAACGGGUUGCUGCACAUCACAGAUUCGGGCAUCGGCAUGACAAAGGCCGAUCUGGUAAAUAACCUGGGAACCAUUGCAAAGUCUGGCACGGCAGAGUUCCUUCAGAAGGUGACCGAGAGUUCAGAUGCCCCCAAGGAACUGAACGACCUGAUUGGUCAGUUCGGUGUGGGCUUCUACUCCGCUUUCCUGGUGGCGGAUCGGGUUGUGGUCACCAGCAAGCACAACGACGACAAGCAGCACGUUUGGGAGUCGGACUCUGGCGAGUUCACCGUCGCAGAGGACCCCCGCGGGAACACUCUGGGCCGCGGAACCACGGUGACCCUUCAGCUGAAGGAGGAGGCCAGGGACUUCCUCGAACAGGACACACUGAAGAAGCUGAUCGAGAAGUACUCGCAGUUCAUCAACUUCAACAUCUUCUUGUGGACGUCUAAGACCGAAACCGUGGAGGAGCCGAUCGAAGAGCCCACAGAGGAGGCGGCCAAGAAAGAGGCUGACGAGGCCAAGACCGACAAGGAGGAAGAGGACAAGGUGGAGGAGGAGGAAGACGACGAGGAAAAGAAGCCGAAGACCAAGAAGGUGGACAAGACAACUUGGGACUGGGAGCUCAUCAACAGCGCCAAGCCCAUCUGGACGCGCAAGCCCGCAGAAAUCGAGGAGAAGGAAUACGAAGAGUUCUAUAAGGCCAUCACGAAGGACACUCAGCCACCGCUGAUGAAGACCCACUUCAUCGCCGAGGGAGAGCUGACUUUCAAGGCCCUGCUGUAUGUGCCGGCAGUUCAGCCGACAGAGUCUUUCAACCGAUACGGUGGCAAGGUGGACCACAUCAAGCUGUACGUCCGAAGGGUGUUCAUCACCGAUGAUUUCCAGGACAUGAUGCCCAGCUACCUCAGUUUUGUCCGUGGCGUCGUAGACUCGGACGACCUCCCGCUCAAUGUGAGUCGAGAGAUGCUUCAGCAGCACAAGUUGCUGAAGGUGAUCAAGAAGAAGCUCGUCCGCAAGGCCCUGGACAUGAUGAAGCGCAUCCCUAAGGAGGAUUACCAGCGCUUCUGGAAGGAGUACUCCACAAACCUCAAGCUGGGCAUCAUCGAGGACACUACCAACCGCUCGCGUCUUGCCAAGCUGGUGAGAUUCCACUCUUCGCAUGGCGAGGAGUUGACUUCACUGUCGGACUAUGUGACACGGAUGAAGGAUGGCCAGCAGUUCAUCUACUACAUCGCCGGUGCCUCGCUGGACGAGGUGAAGCGAUCGCCGUUUGUGGAGCGUCUGAUCCGCAAGGGCUACGAGGUGCUGCUGCUGACGGAGCCUGUGGACGAGUACUCAAUCUCGUCGCUGACGGAGUUUGAGGGGAAGAAGUUCCAGAAUGUGGCCAAGGAGGGCCUGAAGGUUGACGAAGGGAAGGCCAGGGAGCGCCAUGACGCCCUGGUGAAGGAGUUUGAGCCUCUGACCAAGUGGCUGGAGGAUGACGUGUUCAAAGGCAGGAUCCUGAAGGCGAUGGUUUCCGAGCGUCUGGCCACUUCCCCCUGUGCCCUGGUGGCCAACCAGUUCGGCUGGACCGGCAACAUGGAGCGGCUGGCCCGCAGCAACGCACACGCCAAGUCCCAGGACACCAUGAGGGACUACUACCUGAGCCAGAAGAAGAACAUGGAGCUGAACCCGAGGCACCCGCUGAUCAAGGAGCUGCUGCGGCGGGUCAAGGACGACGCCAAGGACUCGGAGGCGCGCAACAUGGCGGAGCUGGUCUACGAGACGGCCACCCUCCGUUCGGGCUUUAUGCUGGAGGACACCCUCGCCUUCGCCACCCGGGUCGAGAGCCUCCUCCGCAAGAACGUGGGGCUGCCCGAUGACGCAGCGGUGGAGGAAGAGCCAGAGGAGGAUGGAGGAGAGGAGUUUGCCACGGAGGCCUCCAUGGCGGCCGAUCAGGCAGAGGAGGACGAGGGGGAGAAAGAACACGACGAGCUGUAAAGCAGCAGCCCGAGUCGCGGGUCACACCGUCACAAGUCAUGCCAUCGUCAUCCGUGUAUAUUUAUGCCGCACUCCAAGUGCCGCGUGUUUCGUCCCUAUUUCUGUGAAAUAAAACGUUUUUUUGCUUCGUUUU